GAACUGCACGAUUGAAGAGAUUGCUGCGCAAACAUGAUGUAGCGCGCAGAGUUGUGCCCGUCUCAGUUUCCCGUAGCCAUGGCCCCGCGCAGAGGCCAAACCCAGAACACUGGGCAGCAAACCUUGAGUUUUUGGAUGCGGACUCGUGAAGAAGGCAGUGGCGGCCACUUCCGCACUGGCAGUGAUGCUGAAGGAGUUGAACCUGAGGUGGAGAGUACACCAUGUGAGCCACCUGCAAAACUGCGCAGACUUGCUGCUUCACAGCCCUCUGCACCAUCCUUGCGACAGCGUUUGGCAGCAAGGGGGGCUGAGCCACCUUCCGAGUCAGAACAGUCACCAUCCAAGUCGAGACUCAAGGUGCCGGACCACCUGAAGAAAGGAUUACGCGAGGUGAACACUCAGCAGAAGCUUUUCUUCCGAAGCUGCCCGUCUCCACCAGCGGCGACAACAAGAAGGAUCUCGUUUGAUACACCUGUUGCCUCCCCUUGCAGACAAAGCCCCUUGCGGACACCUCGAAGUGGAUCCAAGAGCUUCUCAGACAGUGCAGAUUCUAAGGCUGCUGGCCCUCAUGCUCCAGUAAGUCCGGGAAUUGGCUUGCGGAGGCUUCACAGCGAUAGCCUGGCCCUGGAGAGCAGCGGCACAGCGGAUGCAGCUCGGCGAUGCCGUGAACUGGAAGCUUCUCAAGAGAUAUCUCGCAUUCUGCCACUUCGAGACAGGAAGUUCUGCUCUGAGGUGAUGCGCGCCAAAGCCAUUCUGGGCUUGCAAGUCGGUGUCAAUGAAGUAUCUUUGGUUCACCAGGCCUUUCGCUCUCUCAUGCGGAAGCUGCAUCCUGAUCGCAUUGGGAACUGCCCAAAGGCAGCUCAAGCAAUCGAUCUCCUUCAGGAGGCAAAACAGCUCUGUGAAAAGGCCUUCUCACAGCUACAGCCACCGAAUCCACCACAGGGGCUUUCUUCCACAGUCUUGUGCGCUGCCCCUGGCCGGCGCCGAAUCAGACUGGACUGGACUCCUGAUAUGAAUUCACUGGCUGCACCAGUCCGAAGAUAUUUAGUGGCUGCACUUGAUCCAGCAUACGGUCAGGCUCUUACAAUCACCGUCCUGGAGCCAGAGUACAAUGAAACCUUGAAACGCUUCACAACCAUCGAGGAGCUUACAACCUACGAUUUGGCAGAGGAAGAACUAAGCAAGUUACCAAGCUUUUUCCAGCAAGCUCAUGGGAUAAUUCGUGUGGCUGCUGAAAAUGAGGUGGGUCAGUCGAGCUGGAGCUCCAUCCAGCUGACUUUUAGUCGGAUGGUGGUAAGUUCUGUAUGUAAACUCUCAAGGAAGGAAGAGAAGCCAAAACGACUUGCCCCAAGCGGGCCGGCAGUGUCCUCGCGAGAGCGGAGAGACUUCGAAGCAACUGCGCACUCUUUGCGUGACCAAGGUGGUGAGCUUUGUGCUUGGUUGCGGAAGCAGAGCAAGGCUUUGCUGUCUGGCUGGCUGAAGUCACAGGGCUGGCCAACAACAGGUUCGAAGGACGAGCUAGUGGAUCGGGUAGCUUUUGCGGUUGGGGCCGUUAGCAAAGUGAAGUGAAGUGACUGGGCGAGAGCCGAGAUCAAGACCACCUUGAGUAGCAGGGUGUGGGGUUCAGCUCAAGACGAGCUGUAGAGCAUGAGUGGCAUAUCAUGCGGAAAGGGUGGG